AUGUUCAGCCCCUUCGGCGCCAUCGCCUCUGUCCGCAUCCUGCGCCCGGGCCACAAGCUGCCCUCAGAUGUGCGCAAAUACGCGUCGCACUUCCCCGAGCUGCUGAGCCGGUGCUGCGCGCCGGUGGAGUACGAGAGCCUGAGGAGCGCCCGCAGAGCACUGGAGGAGCUCGGCCACCCGGGCAGCCGGAGCAUUCAGGGUGGUCCCGCUCAGCGGAAGGGCUCCAAGAAGAAACCAGAGGCGGUGGAGGAGCUGGUGGACCAGCUGGGUUGGAAAGCACGGGCGAUGGCCGCGACAUUCCGCUACGGCCUCGGGGGCUCCCUGCUCGGCAGCGCUUGGGAGCUGAACGGUGCCUCGGCAUUGCCAUAG